UACAUUAACUCUCAUCACAUACCAUACCUGUCUAUUAAGGAACCGCCUUAUGUGUCUGUUUGUCAAUAUAAUGUUAAUGGAUCAGCCAUGCAAGCAAUCAAGAAGAGGAAAAGAGCAGCACUUCUUCAUUCACAUAAAAAGAGAAAAGAUAAUAAAAUCAAGAAAAGACUCUGGGCACUGCGAAGCCUGAUACCUAAUUGCACCCAGAUGGAUAAAGAAUCUGUCCUUGAUGAAGCUAUUGUGUACCUAAAAUGUCUUCAGCUUCAGUUACAGAUUAUGCCAACUUAUGCUGGAUUAUGUGUUCCACCAACACCCAUCACUUAUCCUCUGCAGUUGUAUGGUUUACCUCUUGCCGGAUUAACUGGAUAUCGAACCAGACUUGAGAUGCCAACACCACAACAACCAUGAAGAUCUUCAGCUGAAAUCAUGUCUUCCCAAAUGAAAUUUCUCGAGCAAUAGAUUUUUUAGACUAGCUAGUUGAAGUGUCAGUCCUUUGCUUGUUAGUUUGUGUUGACUUGAGAGCUCAUGUGUUUUAGAAAUGAUAUCUUCAUAUUCUGACUUCA